AUGUCCGAUAAUAAAAACAAUCCGUACGAGCGUUCAGUCGACAAUUUAUCAGAGGGACUCCUACAGAACAUUCAACCUUCAUUGGAGCGUAUUGAGAAACAACUCAAAGAACUGAAUGCCAAGCAAGAUGCUAUCGUCACCCAAAUCCACGAUGAGAAUCUUACAUUGGCCCAAACGCAGUUCUCUCCAGAGUUGCAGGAUAUGUUUCGUACCAUGGCAGCGUACCACAAUAAACUGCUGAGUAUCAAGAAGGACAUGAAACAGUUGCAUGACAGGGGCAACAGAUUGAAGAAAAGGGCAGCAAAUAUCAAGGAGGUCAAAGAGAAGGCAUUGAUGGCAAAGAUACAAAAAGACAUUGAGUUGAAGAGGGAGCAAGAGUUAAUUGGAAAAGGAAGUGGUUCGGUCUCUAGUUUAAAGAUGGACCAUAGUAGUUCCAUGCAUCAAAAUAAGCAGAGUCCAACAUAG